AUGUCUGGCUGGGACUCGUACAUCAACUCGCUCACCGAGGCUUCCCCGUGCAUCGAGCGCGCUGCCAUCGUCGGCGUCGACGGGUCGGUCUGGGCGAGGACCGAGGGCGACAAGCAAUUUGCGGCCACCGAAGCCGAGCUCAAGACGCUCGUCACCGGCUUCAACGCCCCGGAAAAGGUGCCGGCUCGCGGCGCUGACCUCGAACAAAUCCACUACGUCGUCCCCCGCGCUGACGAGGCCGUGAUCUUCGGGAAGCGCGACAAGACUGGUUUCUUUGCUGCAAAAUCCCAGAAAGCUGUUCUCAUCGCCAUCUACAAGGGCGACUCCGCCGAGGGCAGCACCGUUCGCACGGCCGUCGAGAAGCUGGCGGAAUACCUGAGCAGCACCGGAUAC